AUGAGCAACAGCGCCACGACCAAAGCUACAAUAUACUUUCCUAUGGUUUCGGUAGUCGAUGAUGCUAAAUUCGUCUCGACUCUAGCCGAUACUGUCAAUGCAGUCUACGCCGAAGCAGAAAAUGGCAUAUUCAUUACAGGCUACAAGAGAACUAGCCCUUCGGAAAUAAUCGACCUUAUCCGGCAUGGCCAACUCGCUGUGAUGUCUCUAGAUACUUCUCAGAAAAUAGCAGGUUGUAUCUUCGUGAAGAGAUUGUCUCUCACGCACGGCGAGUUUGGUAUGAUGGCGAUAGAUUCCAUCUAUCGUGGUCGUGGAUUUGGGAAACAACUGGUUACAUUUGCAGAAGCACAUUGUCGCGGUCAGGGCUGCACAACAAUGCGGGCAGAGUUGUUAGUCCCCACAACGUUUGUCCAUCCGUUUAAAGAAAGAUUGGAGGCAUGGUAUCUUAGAAUGGGGUAUAUGAUUGUAAAGCUGGGUCAGUUUGAUCAGGAAUAUCCUGCCUUGGCUCCCCUGCUGACCGGCCCAGCCGAGUAUAGAAUCCUGGAGAAGGUGCUUUGA